UGAAAUCAGCCCAUGUUCGCCGCAGCAUCCCAUUUUCGCAGCAUUUGGCGGGGGGUGGGUGUCGAUCCCGGCUUGGCAGUGCUGGUAUGGUAUCACAUGGCAGACGAUCGAGGGGUCGAAACCACGGUGCUGCGUUUUGUUCUGGGCGCGGGAAGGUUGUGGAGUUUUUUCCAUCUCGACAGGAGAGUUUGGGCUGUGCCAUCUAUGAAUGGUGCACUGUGCAUGGCGCGGGCUGUGCGGUGCAGUCCACCGGGCGCUCCCUGUGUGGUGCAAGCGCGCGAGGCGCCCACGGGAGGGCACCGCGCGACAACGUGGAAGACGCCGGCCAUCGCACAGAGGGCGACCCCGAGGCGCUCACCGGCGGCCACCUCGCGCAACUCCAGAAGAGCGGGCCAGUUAUGUCACAAGCAGUCUGGACUCCUCUAUAUCACUGUUUGGGGAAUGUGUUCAUGCCGAUGGGGUCAUUCCCGAUCUAGUCUUGAUGCUGUCCAGGCACGGUGUUGUGGUGGUGCCCCAAUCGUGUCCCGAUCGGUUUUCCAUGGUGUACCGUACGUGUUUGUUUCGUGCGUCGAGUGAUGAUCAAUGGUGGCCUGCUGGUAUGCCGAUGGUGUCCGGACUGAUUCUCGAAGGUACCCCUGGAGGUGUUCCGCUUGAGAUGUAUCAUGGUUUCCCCCCGAUGCUGCGCCCGCUACGUUUCCAUCCGUUCUCAGUCGUUCCAGCGCUCUGCGGGGAGGCGCGGAGUCGGGGGACGGCCGGACGUGGCGCAGCGAGCGCGCAGGCGCGGCACCGCCCUGGAGAACAAUCACCGUGGGGCCACGCUCGAGAACUCGGAGUACCUGGCCUCCAAGGAGAAUGUUCAGCCAGUCGAGCUGGAGUCGUUGAAGCGAGUCUUCAAGCAUCUUGCGACCAGGACUGACGAGAAGCUCACUUGGCAGUCCAUUCAUGAGGCGUUAAUAAAGCUGCAGCACAAGACGCCCCGUGAGCAGAUCGAACUCUGGAUUUGGGAGGUCGACGACGAUUUAGACAAUAUGGUUGGUUGGGACGAAUUCCUUACCAUGUAUCAGCGCUGCACGGCUGACAACACAGGACUCGAGCCUCGAAACCUCUUCAACUUGGUACAGUUUCUGAUGUACGACAAGGAGUUCACUGGCAAGAUAAGCGUUGAGCAUACCCUGCAGAUCCUCUACGUUCGCCACGGACGUCAGAAUCUCGACGAUGAGAUUCAGCAAAUCUUCGGAGACAAGCAGAAGAGCCAGGAUGGACAAGAAGUGACAAUUAGUUUUUCGGAGUUUCUUGCCAGGGCAAACGAUCGCCUCAGGACGUUGCGACGGGCGAAGAAGGAGGUCACCAAGGUCGUCAUCUCCACAAGGCGGCGGUAAAAGAUGAGGCGGGGUGGCACCGUAGCCGCUAGGCCCUGAGAGGUUCCGCUCGGUUCAAAGUCUCACUUUACCCUUUCUGCCGUAGGCCCGGUCCGGCUGUGACCGUCGCUUUUGUCGUCAACGGACCGCUGCCUUUUCUUAAAUCGUGGAGAGGGUAGCCGCGUGCCGUCAA